GCUGCACUACGCUUGCUCGAGCAGACGAGCGGGAACUACGAAGAAAAUGGCGUACUGUGUAGCGUCCUUUUGAGAGUUACGCGGAAGUUGCUUUUCUCCAAACGAAGUGAUUUUGUGCAUCCUUCACAUGCAGAAUGGCUCCUAUUAAUAUGGACAAUAUGCGAGAUAUAUUCGUAAUUUGUCAAAGCCGCCCUAAUGCCUUCGCGAAGGGCAUCAGUGAGCUCCUCAAGAUUUACAACUCCAGAGAUCACGACGAGUUUUUCGCUGAGCUUCGGACUCUACUUCAAGUAAUUUUCCCGGACAGCGAGAAAACGGUAUGUGCCGAACGCCUAAUUGAUUUCACAGCACAGUUCGUAGCUUCACCCGAAUUGGUAACGAAGUCGGACGACGCUCCGCCGCAAAAUAAACUUCUCACCGAUGUCCUGACUACGGCAUUAGAGUGGUCAGAAUGUGCCAAUAGACUGAUUCGCCAGAGGUCAUGCGAACUUGUAGGCCGAAUUCAGCAUCACCUGAAAGACGAGAGCGUUAUUGACGACGAGUUGUUCGAGAAUAUGGAAGCUAAAAUGAUGAACCGCCUGUCCGACACCAUAGCGGGAGUGCGAGCAAAAGCAGCAGGAGCGCUGGUACGUUUGCAGGAGCCAGCUAAUUCUAAGUGCAGAAUAGUGGAAGUGUUUCUCUUUCAUCUGAACAAUGAUCCUAACCCAGAAGUGCGAAGCGCAAUUUUGAAAGCUGUGGUUCCGUCGAACCGGUCGUUGGAAGCUAUUCUGUCGAGAGCCAGAGACGUCAAGGAAGGAAUCCGAAAAUUGGCUUUGGAGUGCGUCACCAACAGAGUGCCUAUAAGGUACCUGUCCAUCAAGCAAAGGAUGACGCUUCUUGUUGACGGCCUCAAUGACCGUUCUCUGCCGGUCCAGAAAGUAGUCUCAGAGAAGCUUCUGCCAGCAUGGCUCACACAGUGCGGCGAAAGCCCCAUGGCCUUGCUCCGUAUGCUCGACUGCCAUGGCUCCGAAGAAACCAUAGAAAAGGUACUGAAGCUUCUCUUUGAAAAGCUAGACAUGAAGGAAGUCGCAGAGGCAUUCAAAACUGAAUGCCUCAACGAAACAAGAGUGAUCCCAUCUGACAAGUUGACCUGUGAAGGGGCAAUGUACUGGAAGCACCUUGCCCUCUUCCUAAAGUCAAAGCAGGAGGCUGAUGCCGAUUUGCAGUUGGAGUCAAUAUUCCCGGAGCUUGUCACGUACAGCAGUUACGUCUGUGACUUUGUGCUGUCGCUAGAUGAAGACAGUGAUACACUGAAGAAGUUGGAGCACUGUUUCAUUUCUCAGCAGUUGAUUGGCUUGGCCACAGUGGCAGAUAUGAGUGACAAUGCAGGAAGGGCGAUGUUAGCACAAAGCAUGCAGCAGCUGUUUCAGUCUCCAAAAGUGGGGUCUUUAAUUGUGCCUCAGCUGGUCAAGACGAUGCGCAUGAUACACCCCGAGAAAGACAAGAUGCUCCAGGAAAUCAUGUCCAUGGUGGCGGAAAUCCAGGCUCCGUGGAUGACGAGCUUUCUGGCUGUAAACGAAGACCAGUCACAGCCGUGGGAUGUUCAAGUGGCACGUAUGAAAGUUGAACUUAACAUAAUGCGUGAAGAGCUUGCAGAAGCCAUCAACGAGGAAGAUUUUGCCAAGGCUAUCGACGUGAAGGAAAGGAUUCAGGAGGCCGAAGGGAUCCUGAAGGAGAAACGCCAGGAGAUGGGAGAACUUCCCGACACAGACGAUGCAAGCUGCUCGACGGAUAGUGACCCCGACGUUGUUCUCAAGUGUCUGACCGUCAUUGCAGAGAUGCUGGAGAAUACAGUGUUCACUUCCCUGCCUCCAAUAUUGGACACCUGCAUCUACGAGAUGAUACUUCCGAGAAUUUCCAUGGAGGAUGUGGCAGUACGGAAGCAGGCGACGCGUGUCUUGGCUCUUUGUUGCAUUCUCAACAAACAAGUUGCAGUCCGUCACAUACGGCUAUUGUUGGAGAUUGCCCUGGUGGACCAUCCUCCGAUCCAAGUGGUUGCUCUGAGUGGAGUUUUUGACCUGGUCCUUUCCUUUGGUGCUGAAGCUUUCGUAACCAUCUUCAAGAACAUCGUGGAUGGACAGGACGGGGACGAGGAGGAUUCGUGCGACGCGUGGAGCCUCGAUCCACUUGUGUCGUUUUUUGUCAGGUUCCUCGAUGCCGAAGAUGGCGACGUGAGAACCGCCGCCGCGGAGGGACUUUCUAUGCUUCAAAUCUAUGGCCAUAUAUAUUCGCCCAGCCUUCUUUCCAGGCUCAUUUUGCUCUGGUACAACCCAAGCACGGACCCAAAUUCUCUUUUUCGGCAGACACUGGGGGCGUUCAUGGCUGCAUAUUCAUCUGCGGGACAGACAGCUGCCCGAUGCUUUGAGGAGGCCUUUCUUGUCACCCUGAAGACACUCUUCUCCGCCCCACCAUCGAGCCCUCUGUCUCAGAUCGAUCCCCUUGAAGUGGUGGCAUUUCUUGUAGACGUGACACUACCCCGAGCAGCAGUAGAAGACACGGAAGCUUCAAAGCCCACGGAACAGACGUCGCACGAUCGGCUUGCGGAAGAGCUCUGCAACGAAGUGCUGAAGAAUCCUUAUGCUUCGGACAUCCACGUGCUUCUGAAGGCCCUGUCGUUGUUGCAGAUUACGGAGAAUGCGUCUUUCAAGGAGCUCCAAGUUGCUGCCAGACAGAUGGAGAAAAGGGUAAGAGAAAAGAGGAGCCUGGCAUUGGUCAACAAGUUCGCAUCCAAGGUGAGGUUGACCCCUCAGCAGGAAGAUGACGAUGACACCGGAACUUCCGUCACAAUAGACAGUGUGACCACAACUUCAACAAGAAGUGUCAGGAGGGCUCCUAGACUGAUUCAGCAGCAGGAAGUGUUGAGUUCGCAGGAUUUGUUUCCAUCAUCACCCGAGAUGUAGCCUCGUUUCUUUCUUUUUCCUGUGACUCCUACCAUAUGCAAUAUUUAUGCGAGUUACAUAAUUUAUGAAAAUGUAUUCGAUUUAUUCAGGUUUUUCGUUGCAUGCGUGCUCUUUGUUUUUUCUUCGCAUUUAUUAGGGCUUAUCGUUUCUUGCGCAUUACGAGGGCAUGAAGUAUGUCAUCUCAAAACUGUCUGGAACUAUAGGUUACUUUUGUGCAGAGAGAUAGACGAGGUGCCUUGGUGGACGUGCACAGGAUCAUCCACAGUACAUCUAUCUCGCUGACCAUCCAAAAACAACGACUCCCGUACAUUCGAUAAUGACUACGCUCGCUUUCAGCCUGAACAGUGAGUGGAACGAUGCAAGAAGUCUCUUAUUGCUUUAUUUUUGCAGUGUUGAUCAGCGCACUAGUUGCACGUGCAUGACACGUCUGACGCCUCUUCCUUGUUGUUGGGCAGUGAAUGCUACAAAUAAAGUUUCAAUCAUCUUCUUAAGUA